AUGCCUGUCUUUUUAACAUUUACUGUGCAAAUUGUUUUAAAGGAAAAAACACAUCAAAUGCUUCUUAUUUUACAUUUUUUCUUCAUUUUAGAAGCAUUCUAUUUAUCAACACUGUCUCAUCUACUGAACAGGAAAUUUUCUUUGAGGAUAUCCUGUAUUUUUUUCAAUGUUUUCAUUGCUUCAUUGAAACCAAAAUAUCCCAUUUUAAAUACGUACACAGACACAAGUGUCCCUGCACCUUUUUUCCAGGUAAACCAAGGUGGGACUAUCAGUGAGCCUCUUGGGAGAAUGGGGCACCUCAGGGAAGAAAGUGGGCCCUCCGUGAUCACACUGUUGUGUGAUCACACCCCCAAGACCCCCUCCUGUGGGCUCAGGCAUCCCAUCGCCCUUUGCACUCUGGACCAGGGGCCAGGGCCUGAGUGUUGCAGAAGCACCUCAGGGCUACAGAUUGAUGGGAGACGUGUUCCCUCCCAGCUUCCAGGCCCUGGACUUGUACCAGUUGUGAGUCCGAGGGUGAGGGGCUCAUUCUCACCCUGGUUGCCAAGCUUUCAGAUUGCCAUCAGUGACUGGAUGCCAGAAUGCCAUCUCUUGCUAAUUACAAGAGAAGGUUCUCUGAGCCACGUUCAGAACUUGCUUUUUUUUUGA